AUGGCAAGUAACAGUGACGAAGUUGUUAGCAAUAACAACACUAUGAUAUUAUCAAUUCGAUUGAUUCGUUCGUUUGAACAUCGAAAUAUGCGUUAUUUAAUAUUACGUUCUAUUGAUUCAUCGGGACAAAUGACUGGCAAAGAACUCAAAGAGCACAUUCUAACAAUGUUGCCCAACGAAAAACUUCCACCACCAUUUAAAACAUUUGCAUUUGAUACAUUGAAGAUUGAACAUUUUCCACAUCAAGCAAAAAGUAAUGAUUUAGUGAUUCGUCGAGAUGGCGAUGAGCAAUUAUUAAUUCAAGAUGAUAAACGCUUAUGCGAUUACAAAGUUGUUGAUGGUACUGAAAUUGCAUUUUUUAAAGCAAGUGAUUAUGAACUCUACAAAAUAAAUCCAGACAUGCUUAUGGACUAA